AUGCCCAAUUGGAAGACCCUGCGAAAGAAACUGCAAGUCUACUACCAAAACACCGCCUGGUGCAACCGCGACCUGAUCCCCAUUCCGCCCGAGCGCCGCACAUGGGGGAUUUGGGGGUAUUUCGGGUACUGGACCGUCUCCGGCUCUUGUAUUAGUGCUUGGUCGACGGGGUCUACGCUGCUGGCUUUUGGGCUUAGUCCGAGGGAGGCGAUUGGGUGUGUGAUUGCAGGAGGACUCCUCACAGGCCUGCUCGCUGUGGCCUGUGGCUGGAUGGGCGAAAAACAUCAUAUCGGGUUUACCGUCGCGUCGCGGUUUUCGUGGGGGAUGCGAGGGUCUUAUUUCCCGGUGUUGAUUCGCAUCUUUGUUGCUUGGGCGGCCAGGCUACUCGAGUCCUUAUCGGCGCCAUCAUACCAGGCAGGUCAGCAGGCUGAUAUGUGUAUUUCUCUGAUGCUGAUGCUGCUGACAGGCUUCGCUCACAUGAAGAACUUCUUCUCUGAAAGCUCGCAUCUCGCCACAAACGACUUCAUCGGCAUGCUCAUCUGGUAUGCGGCCUUUGUCCCGCUGGUCCUGGUCAAGCCUGAACGGCUACAAGUGCCGUUUGCCGUGUCGUUCGUCCUGUUUGCUACGUCCUGCUUUGGGAUUCUCAUCUGGGCCGUCGUCAACGCCCACGGCCCCGGAUCCAUGUUCACCACCACCCCCUCCACCAUCAACCCCGGCUGGGGCAUCAUGUACGGCAUCACCGCCAUCCUAGGGGCCUGGGGCGCCGGCACCCUAGGCCAGUCCGACUGGACGCGCUACGCCAACCGCCGCUUCGCGCCGACGCUGUCGCAGCUGGUCGCCGCGCCGGUGACCAUCGCCGUCACGGCCGUCGUCGGCAUCGUCGUCACCAGCGCCGCAAACGACCUCUUGGGGCAAGUCGUCUGGAACCCGAUCUAUCUGCUGGCGGAUAUCCAGGAGUAUUACCAUUCGAGUGGGCGUGCGAGGGCAGGCGUGUUUUUUGCGUCGUUGGGUAUGGUCUCGACGCAGUUGGCUAUAUCCGUCGUGCUCAAUUCCGUCUCUACAGGCAUGGACAUGGCAGGUCUGUGUCCGCGCUACAUUAACAUUGUCCGAGGGAGCUACAUCAUGGCCAUUAUAGGGAUUUGCACGCAACCGUGGCAACUCCUCUCCGCCGCUACCAAGUUCCUCUCCGUUCUGUCCGGGUUUGGUGUGUUUAUGGCUCCGUUGACAGGAGUCCUCCUCGCAGACUACCACAUCGUCCGCCGCCACCGGCUCAACCUCCACGAUCUCUACACCGGCAACCCAUCUUCCAUCUACUGGUAUUUCCACGGCUUCAACUGGCGGGGUCCAGUAGCUUUUGUAGCGGGGAUGUGGGCGUUGCUGCCCGGCCUAAUCGCCACCGUCAACAACGACACUAACAACCCUAGCCUCACAGGCUGGAUCAGACUGUACAAUCUGACUUUUCUUGUUGGCCUGGCUGUUAGUUUCACGGCUAUGGCUGUCCUGGGGUAUCUGUUUCCGCCGCCGGGGCUGGGAUUGCAAAAGCCGUUUGUUGUUGAGGGGGAGGAACCGGGUAGUAGUAAUAAAAUUGAGGAGGUGGCGUCUACGUCUGGGAAGAUGGAGAAGGAGGGCAAGGGUAAUGAGGGCGAUAGUCAGGUGUAG